AUGGCCGAACUGGUCCGUCAUGCACACCCCGACCAGGGUUGGGCAAAUGCAGCAAAUGAUGCGUACGAGUACUUAUGCAAUUAUAUGAAUGUGCUGAACACGCACACGGAGCUAUACGAUGCCCUCCGUUGCGUAAUGGAGACAAAGGACAUUUACCACAGCCUGUCUCAGGAAGCUCAAGCUGUUGCACACAUCUUUAUGCGUGAUUUCGAAAAGUCAGGCAUUCAUUUGCCGCCCCAUGAACGCAACCGAUUCGUCGAACUCAGUGAUCAAAUCAUGAUUCUGGGCCGUGCGUUCUUGCAGGAUAUGUCGACAGGCACGAGUGAUACCAUUGUCGAGUUUCCUACCGACCUGCUGGAUGGCAUGGACACUUCGAUCUUUGCGCAGAACCUUUUCCGCCUUCGUCCAUCUAAAAGCAUUCCGGUCGUCCCAGGAAGUUGGGAACUACACUACAUUAGCAAGUAUGCGCCUAAUCCACAGGCUCGUCGCUUAGCCUACAUGAUUUCCUACACUGGUCGCACGCAGCCAGUCGCCGUUCUGGAACAGCUGCUGCACGCCCGAUAUGAGCUUGCCAAACUCACCGGGAAACAAAGCUUUGCCGAGAUGACGCUUGUGGAUAAAAUGGCCGGCACACCUGAGCACGUUUUGCGUUUCCUACGUCUGUUGGCCGACGCACAGCGACCUGUCGCUCAGCGCAUGAUUGCCGAGUUUGGUCAGUUGAAACACGCGCUGGAAGGUAGCAGCCAAGUGGAAAUCUGGGAUCGCGAGUACUAUGCUGACGCAUAUCUUCAGCGGCAUCACCCAUCACAACUGGCUCCAUUGUCGCCAUACUUGUCGUUGGGUUCGAUAUUUACAGGGCUAUCCCGCCUCUUCUAUCUAUUGUAUGGAAUCCAUUUCCGCGCCGCAGAAACACUGCCCGGUGAAGUGUGGCAUCCAGACGUGCUGAAACUAGAAGUUGUCGAUGAGACAGAAAGCAGCGUCAUUGGUCUAAUUUACUGCGACCUUUAUACUCGCGACGGCAAGCCGCCUAGUGCUGCGCAUUAUACUGUGCGUUGUUCGCGGCGCAUCGACCUUGACGACACACAUCUGGACAUGGAGCUUGGAGCAAGCGCGGACUUACCCCCUGUCGCAGACACGGAGCAUCUACUGGGUGUGAAGGGGGCGACUGGGUUUGGUCGUCCCGGUCGAUUCCAACAGCCAGUUGUUGUGCUGAUGACAGACUUUGCGCCUCCCAACAUCGGGCAUGGCGGUGCAUGUCUCUUGCGCUGGCACGAUGUGGAAACACUUUUCCAUGAGAUGGGUCAUGCUAUUCAUUCUAUGAUUGGGCGCACAGAAUUCCACAACGUUUCGGGCACGAGAUGCGCUACUGACUUUGUCGAAUUGCCAUCGAUCCUUAUGGAACAUUUCUUGACAGAUCCUAGUGUCGUCGCGCUGACAGCACAUCAUCACCGUACUGGCUCGCCAUUGCCGUAUGUGCAGCUACAAAAGCAUUUAGCAACGCAACGAAGCUUAGAUGCUCUGGACACGCACCAACAGAUCCUUCUCGCAUCACUUGACCAGCGCUACCACUCAGAACGUGCUGGUGCCCCAACCUUCUCGUCUUCGCAGGAGCUUGAAUCGCUACAAGCUGACAUGGGACUGUUCCCACCGGUAUCAAAUGCAACAUGGCAGGGCCAGUUCGGGCAUCUAUUUGGAUAUGGUGCGACUUAUUACAGCUAUUUGUUUGACAGAGCCAUUGCAGCGCGGGUGUGGGAACAAGUCUUUGCAAAAAAACCACUUUCUCGCGAGGCCGGUGAACGUUUCAAAAUGGAAGUGCUGCGACACGGGGGCGGGAAGAGCCCAUGGGAAAUGCUUUCGCGGCUUCUCCAUGAAGACAAGAUUGCCGAUGGUAACGCAGGUGCCAUGGAGGCUAUCGGACGAUGGGGUCUUGGACAAAACCAAUCGAACGAGACCAUCUCCGCGCAUCUAUAG